AAGGGAAGCGCCACCGGAAGCCAGGAAGGUGCUGUGUAAUCUCCAAGGAGCCGAGGCACCUGGAUCUCCCAAAAUGCCGGAUUACCUCGGGGCCGACCAGCGGAAAACCAAAGAGGAUGAGAAAGACGACAAGCCCAUCCGAGCUCUGGAUGAGGGGGACAUUGCCUUGCUGAAAACUUACGGUCAGAGUACCUACUCCAGGCAGAUCAAACAGGUUGAGGAUGACAUUCAACAGCUUCUCAAGAAAAUUAAUGAGCUCACUGGUAUUAAAGAGUCUGACACUGGCCUGGCCCCACCAGCACUAUGGGAUUUGGCUGCAGAUAAGCAAACGCUCCAGAGUGAACAGCCUUUGCAGGUUGCACGGUGUACAAAGAUAAUCAAUGCUGAUUCGGAGGACCCGAAAUACAUUAUCAACGUGAAGCAGUUUGCCAAGUUUGUGGUGGACCUUAGUGAUCAGGUGGCACCCACUGACAUCGAAGAAGGAAUGAGAGUUGGUGUGGACAGAAAUAAGUAUCAAAUUCACAUCCCACUGCCUCCUAAGAUUGAUCCAACCGUUACCAUGAUGCAGGUGGAGGAAAAACCUGACGUCACAUACAGUGACGUUGGUGGUUGCAAGGAACAGAUUGAGAAGUUGCGAGAAGUGGUUGAAACCCCACUACUGCAUCCAGAGAGGUUCGUGAACCUUGGCAUUGAGCCGCCCAAGGGUGUGCUGCUCUUCGGUCCACCGGGUACAGGCAAGACGCUCUGUGCGCGGGCAGUUGCUAAUCGGACUGAUGCUUGCUUCAUUCGAGUUAUUGGAUCUGAACUCGUGCAGAAGUACGUCGGUGAGGGGGCUCGGAUGGUUCGUGAGCUCUUUGAAAUGGCCAGGACAAAAAAAGCCUGUCUUAUCUUCUUUGAUGAAAUCGAUGCCAUUGGAGGGGCUCGGUUUGAUGAUGGUGCUGGAGGCGACAAUGAAGUGCAGAGAACAAUGCUGGAACUGAUCAAUCAGCUGGAUGGCUUCGAUCCUCGAGGCAAUAUCAAAGUGCUGAUGGCCACUAACAGACCGGAUACUUUGGAUCCAGCCCUGAUGAGGCCAGGGAGGUUGGACAGAAAGAUUGAAUUUAGCUUACCUGAUCUCGAGGGGCGGACUCACAUCUUUAAGAUCCAUGCUCGUUCGAUGAGUGUUGAAAGAGAUAUCCGAUUCGAAUUGCUAGCACGACUUUGUCCAAAUAGCACCGGUGCCGAGAUCAGAAGUGUCUGCACAGAAGCUGGCAUGUUUGCGAUCAGAGCGAGGCGGAAAAUUGCUACGGAGAAGGACUUCUUGGAAGCUGUAAAUAAGGUCAUUAAGUCUUAUGCCAAGUUCAGUGCUACUCCUCGCUACAUGACAUACAACUGAGCCCCUACGGCUUUCAAAUGAAAACACUUCUUUCAGUUGGAAUCCUAACCUUUUAUAGACUUAAUAACCACCUCACAAAAAAUAAAUGGCUUCAAAAUUGAA